CCGUGUCAGGUGGACCGCCUGCCUCAGCAUCCUUUGCAGAACAAUGGAAGACACCAGGAGACAGGCAAAGUAGACAAGCCUGAGACGGGAGAGCGGAGCAGUGCUGUGAUGUCAGAAGACGCACACCUCCCCCCACCUCCAUACAGCCAGAAGGAAGCAUCCUCUGCUACAGGGAGGGAGGAUGCAGCAGCGCCAGCCUGGGGAUCCCUGUCUAUUAUCCUCUAUGCUGCAACCCAGCCUUGGAAGAGAAUGUCCUUAAAAUCCCAGACCUAGAAAUAUUUGUUCAUAAUGGCUUCAGCUGCAUCCUCACCUCCCGACGACCCCUCAGCCCCAAACAUGGUCACCCAAGAGUUCUGGAGGUCACAUGUGUUUGGAUACAGUUCAUCAGUUACAGGUCACAUCAGUCAUCGAGCCAACAAUUUCAAAAGACAUCCAAAGAGAAGAAAACUUAUUCGGCCUUCACCACCUCCUCCCCCUAACACCCCGUGUCCGCUUGAUCUGAUUGAUUUUGUAGACCUUCACCCUCGAAGAUCUUUUAUGGAACUUUUGUUUAACGGGUGUAUAUUGUUCGGCAUCGAGUUCUGUUAUGCAAUGGAGACAGCGUAUGUCACACCGGUACUUCUUCAGAUGGGUCUUCCAGAUGAGUUCUAUAGCAUGGUCUGGUUUAUCAGCCCCAUUCUGGGUUUCCUCCUCCAGCCAUUAUUGGGUGCUUGGAGUGACACCUGCUCAUCCAGGUUUGGCAGGAGGCGGCCCUUUAUACUUGUUCUUGCCAUAGGAGCCUUAUUUGGCCUCACGCUGCUGCUGAAUGGGAGGGACAUUGGCCUGUCCGUGUCAGAUACACAGGUCAACCAUAAAUGGGGCCUCAUUCUCACCAUCUGUGGAGUCAUCCUCAUGGAUUUUAGUGCAGACUCUGCAGACAAUCCCAGCCAUGCCUACAUGAUGGACGUGUGCUCACCAGGGGAUCAAGAUCGGGGACUCAAUAUUCACGCUCUGCUUGGUGGCCUUGGUGGUGGUUUUGGCUAUGUAGUUGGUGGCAUUAACUGGAACAAGACAAGCUUUGGAAAAGCCAUGGGAGGACAGUUACGGGUUAUCUAUAUGUUCACAUCAAUAACACUGACGAUCACCACAGUCCUAACGUUAAUCAGCAUUCCGGAAAAACCUCUUCAGUGUUUCAACAAAAAGAAGAAAGUGAUGAAAAGCCCAAGUCUUCCCCUGCCUCCAUCACCUCCCAUAUUUUUUGAAGAGCAAGGAAAUCAACAACAACAACCCUCACAAAACUCAAACCACUUAUAUGCAAGCUUCACCAGUCCGAUUUCUCCUCUCAGCCCACUCACACCAAAGUAUGGCAGCCUUAUCAGCCGUGACAAUUCUUUAACUGGUAUUAAUGAGUUUGCCUCCUCUUUUGGUACUACCAACAUUGACAGUGUACUCAUUGACUGUUUUACUGGAGGGCUAGAUGGUUUCACCACAACCUCUGGUAGUUUGCCAAGGCAGGCCAGUAGCCUCCCUCGAGUACCCGAGAAUCUGUACUGCAGUGGUAACCGAAGCCUUGACUGCGCAGACAACCUGACAAGUCCCGGCACAGAUAGAAGCAGCUUAAGAGUUGGGUCCCUUGAUGCACCAAAGCCAAGAGCAUCAGGAAUUCUGAAAAGGCCGCAGUCACUGGCCAUUCCGGAUAUAGUUACGGGAACAUGUCCAGAGAGCAGCCGGAGACGGAAUGUAACCUUUAGCCAACAGGUGGCUAACAUAUUGCUGAAUGGUGUAAAGUAUGAAAGCGACCUCAAUGGAUCCACCGAGAUAUCUCAUCAGAGGCUUUCCAUGAAACUCCUGUGCUCGUCCAUCUGCCACAUGCCUAAAGCGCUGCGCAAUCUAUGCAUCAAUCAUUUUCUAGGUUGGUUGUCAUUUGAAGGAAUGUUGCUAUUCUAUACUGACUUCAUGGGUGAAGUGGUCUUCCAAGGAGAUCCUAGGGCUCCGCACAACUCCGAGGAAUAUCAUAAAUACAACGCAGGUGUCACAAUGGGAUGCUGGGGAAUGUGUAUAUAUGCCUUCAGUGCAGCUCUUUACUCAGCCAUCCUGGAAAAGCUGGAGGAAUAUUUCAGCAUUCGCACCCUGUACUUCAUAGCGUAUCUUGCAUUUGGACUGGGCACUGGUCUAGCCACACUGUGUAGUAAUCAGUACAUCAUCCUGUCCCUAUGUAUUACACAUGGAAUCCUCUUCUCCACACUGUGCAUCCUGCCAUACUCACUUCUCUGUGAUUACUACCAGAAUAAGAAGUUUGUAGGUUCCAGCGCUGAGGGUACCAAACGUGGGAUGGGUGUGGAUAUCUCCCUUCUCAGCUGCCAGUAUUUUCUCGCCCAGAUCCUGGUCUCCAUUGUCAUGGGUCCUCUGACGUCAAUUGUGGGGAGUGCCAACGGAGUCAUGUACUUCUCCAGCCUCAUGGCAUUCGUGGGCUGUUUCUACUCCUCUUUAUUUGUUAUCUACGACAUUCCACCAAGUGGAGAUCUGGAUGACGAGGAGCAGCCGCUUCUACUAAACAUUUGAACUGUCUACAGAAAGUUUGUAAACGGAACUUGGUUUUAAACUCAAUAAAUACAU